AUGGACACGCACAACUGUCUUACUAAGAUUUUCAGAAAAGCUAGAGACAUCCAUGAAACUGAUAGCUGCCAGGAAUUUAGCAUAAGAUUGAAAGGCAAGUCAAAGCGUGAUCGUCAAUAUGAUAUGCCUCAAACUGAUGAAAUUGCUGGUCUGAUCGUUGGUGACUUUACAGAGGAUAUGGGCGAGAGAGACAUUGUGGUCCGACACAAAGCAUCCGGAUUGCAACAUAUAAGUGAUAUGCACCCACUCUUUAUGACCCUGCAAUAUCCAAUACUCUUUCCGUACGGACAGAUUGGCUUCAAUGAAAACAUACAUGUCACCAAUACGGAUGGAAACACAAGGAGAAGGGAAUACAUCACAAAGAGAGAAUACUUUGCCUACCAGAUACAAACUCGCUUAGCAGAGGGCAUGGUUAUUGUGAGGUCCAAAAGGUUGUUUCACCAGUAUAUCGUGGACGCUUAUACAUCAAUAGAAGAGGAGAGGUUGCGUUGGUUUCGCUUAAACCAGAAGGUCAUUAGAGCAGACCUAUACAACAGUGUACAAGAUGCAGUCAUGAAAGGUGACACGGAUGCUAAAUCAAUAGGAAAGAGAGUCAUAUUACCUGCAAGUUAUACAGGGAGCCCGCGGUAUAUGGCUGAAAGGUACCAUGAUGCGAUGGCAAUUUAUCGAUGGCAUGGAAACCCAGACUUAUUUAUCACUAUUACAACCAAUCCUAAAUGGGAAGAGAUAUCUGAUCACCUCAAAAUGUAUGGCAACGAUGAUCCCAACGACCGUCCUGACCUGGAGUCUCGGGUGUUCAAAAUGAAGCUUGAUGAGUUGAUGUCAGAUUUCAACAAAGGCAUCUUCUUCCCCCGUCCCAAAGCAGUUGUCUACACCAUCGAGUUCCAGAAAAGAGGCUUACCACACGCUCAUAUACUUCUAUGGCUUGAAGGGGACUUCAGAAAUCCCACUGCUUUUGAUAUUGACAGAAUCAUUUCAGCAGAGCUCCCUGACAAAGAAAAAGAUCUUGAGACCUUUGGUUUAGUGGAACAAGACAUGAUACACGGUCCCUGUGGGAAAGAUAGCAAAACAUCCCCCUGCAUGGAGAAUGGUGUCUGCACAAAGAAAUUCCCACGCAGCUAUGUUACACACACUCAGGUUAAUGACUCGGGCUAUAUUUUAUACAGGAGGCGUCAGACAGAACAGUUUGUUAACAAGGGAACCAUCAAGCUUGAUAAUAAAUUUGUUGUUCCCCACAAUCUACAGAUCCUGAAAAAAUACAAAGCCCAUGUCAAUGUUGAAUGGUGCAACAAAUCAAGUGCCAUCAAAUACCUGUUCAAGUACAUUACAAAGGGCGUUGAUAGAGCAUGCUUCAAGCUCCAGAAAACCGGGGAUCAGUCUUCUCAGUCGGAGUCCACAAAAAAAGAAACGCCAAAGAAUGAGAUAAACGAUUACGUCGAAGGUAGAUACCUCUCAGCGUGUGAAUCAAUGUGGAGAAUAUUUAUGUUUGAUAUCCACCACAACGUCCCAGCCGUCCAGAAGAUGCCAGUCCACCUUCCUGGGGAACAUCUAGCCGUGUUUGAAGAGGGUGAGGACCUUGAGAACGUAGAGAGUAGAUACGACACCUUUCAAGAAGCAUGUUAUGCAAGAGGGUUGCUCGGAACAGACAAGGACUGGCACGACUCAAUGACGGAAGCAGCUCAAUUCUCAACACCAAGCUCUCUUUGCUACAUGUUUGUACUAAUUCUCGUCUUCUGUCAAGUAUCAGAACCACAGAAACUUUGGGAUCAUUCUUGGGAAGAUAUGGCAGAAGAUGUCCUUAGGCAGCAGAGACGGUUACUCAAGUUCCCAGACCUCAAACUAACACCAAACGAACUCCAGCAGUACACACUUCUAGAAAUAGAGAGAAUGCUACAUAACUUUGAGAAGUCUUUGACUGAGUUCACGGGAAAGCCACUGCCAGAAAAAGCUGUUAUGGACGAGAUGAAAACCAGAGCUAUGGCGAGGCAGAACCAGUUUGACAUAGCUGAGGAAACCAUUAUCCACCAGAACCUGUUUUCAACACUCAACAAUCAACAGCUCGCAGUGUAUGAGGCCGUUAUGAAGUCCGUCAACGAGAAACAAGGCAAGCUCUUUUUUCUAUAUGGAGCAGGAGGUACAGGGAAAACCUUCAUAUACAGAGCAAUCAUUGCAGCAUUAAGAUCAAGCAGUAAAAGAGUAAUUCCCGUUGCAUCUUCUGCCAUUGCCGCGCUUCUCUUGCCAGGUGGUCGCACAGCACAUUCAAGGUUCAAUAUCCCUUUGAAGCUGUAUGAAGACACUUUCUGUGAGGUCAAAGCUGGUACAUUACUCGCCAACUUCCUCAGCGAAACAGAUCUCAUUAUCUGGGAUGAAGCUCCUAAGGCUCACCGUCAUAGUCUUGAGGCAGUUGAUCGAACUUUCAGAGAUAUUUUAUCCGGAACAGAUACAACAGCUUCAACAAAACCGUUUGGUGGAAAAACGGUCCUUUUAGGUGGUGAUUUCCGUCAAAUUUUGCCCGUCAUUCAACAAGGAACAAGACAAGAGACAGUUAAUGCAGCUCUGAAUCGUUCCCAGCUCUGGAAACACUGCAAAAUUUUCCUCCUCAGCCAAAAUAUGCGCGUCCAAGCGGAAGAGAAGGAUUUUGCAGACUGGAUUCUACAGGUCGGUGAUGGCAUAGCAGCAAAAGAACCUCAGAUGCAGUCAACCUGUGACACACCAGAAGAUCAAAUAUUCAUAGACGACAGAAUCCUUCUGCCCGUAACUUCCAAUCCUUUAGAGACACUAUGUUCUUCUGCGUUUCCUGAUUUUGCAAAUGACUACAAAGACUUCAGCAAACUGAGAGAGACAGCCAUCUUAACCCCCAGAAAUGUCACGGUCGAUGAGAUAAACAACUUCUUGGUCUCUAAAGUCCCUGGAGAAGAGAAGGAAUACUUAAGUGCAGAAAGCUUUGCAGAAGAUGAGAAAGAUUCAGAGGAGUUAAAUACAACAUACCCAGUUGAAUAUCUGAACGCAAUGGAAUUCCCGGGUCUACCUGCUCAUAAACUACGCCUGAAAGUGGGUGUUCCUGUCAUGCUCAUACGGAAUCUGAACCAAAAGGCUAUUACGAGAUGGGGGAAAAGGUGA